AUGCGUAUAUUAAUUCUUCGUAUUGCUAUCACAAAACUUAUACUAAUAUUUUUUUAUCAUCACGAUAUAUCAGUAAAUUGUAUUCAUGAAAAAGUUGCUCCUCCACCUGGUACAUCAUCAUUAACAUUUGUAUUCGAUACUACUGGUUCAAUGAAUGAUGAUUUAAUUCAAGUGCAAGAUGGUGCAAAAAAAAUCCUCGAUACUGUACUUAAACAACGUGAAAAACUUAUAUACAAUUUCGUCUACGUACCAUUUCAUGAUCCCAGAGUUGGGCCAGUGUUUUCUACAACUGAUCCGAGAGCUUUCCAAAGGCAUCUCAAUUCUGUACACGUAGUAGGUGGUGGUGAUUGCCCCGAAAUGGCACUUAGCGGUAUUCAAUUGGCCUUAACAGCUUCACUACCUGCAUCUUAUAUAUAUGUGUUCACCGAUGGACGAGCUAAAGAUUAUCAUUUAGAGGAUCAGAUCUUGAAUUUGAUUCAGGAAAAGCAAAGUUCUGUGGUGCUCGUGAUGACCGGAGAUUGUAACAAUCGUUCACAUCCCGGUUUUCAAUGCUAUGAAAAAGUAGCCGCUGCUAGUUUUGGACAAGUAUUUCACUUGGAGAAAACAGAUAUCAAUAAAGUACUCAAUUAUGUUCGCCAUUCGAUCACCUUUAAAAAGGUUCACAUUAUGUAUGAAAUUAGAGAUCAUAGUGGUACAUUUUUAUGUCAAAUACCUGUUGACAGAUUACUUACAGAGUUAACAAUAUCGUUAUCAGCAGAUAAAGAUGAUGAUAAUUAUCUGGACAUUAGUUUGAUUGAUCCUAAAGGCACACGAAUAGAUCGAGCUCAAUUGAGCAAUGAAACUGGUUCUAUUGAUUUGAACAAUAUUAAAUUAAUUCGGAUUCGGAAUCCUAUGCCUGGAAACUGGAAAAUACGUACAUCAAGUCGUGUGAAACAUACACUACGGGUACUUGGUCAUGGCCCUAUUGAUUUCAAAUAUGGUUUUGCGUUAAAAUUAAUCGAUAAAGUGGAAUUGUCACAUCCACGUCCAGUUGCUUAUCAACGUACCUAUUUGAUUGUAAACAUGAAAGGAUUACCCUCACCAGGUAUUCUUCUCGAAAUUUCACUGGUAGAUUAUUACGGUAAAGAAUUAUUGUCUAAACCGGCUAUAGCAUACGUGCAAAAUCCCUAUUUAUAUUAUAUUGGACCAUUCGUACCACCAAGAGGAUUGUUUUUUGUUCGUGUGAGAGGUAAAGAUAAUCAAUCCUAUGAGUUUCAACGUAUUGCUCCUACCGCAGUAUCCGCCGUACAAACCACUGGACCGAGAGCAUAUAUGACUGAUCGUAUAACAGCAAUCGUUUCACAACCAUUCAAUUUGACAUGUUCAGUAGUUUCGAAGGAUCAAUUUACACUUUACUGGUACAAAGGUAACAAACAACUCGGUGGGCCACAUUUCUAUCCAUAUUCUGAUACAUCUGUGUGGACUUUUAAAGCAAUUACCCCAGAAGAUCGUGGUGAUUAUCAUUGUAUGGUUAUCAGUCCCUUCGGAAAUCAUACUGUUACCACAUUUCUCGAAACAGAAGAACCAGCACCUGAGAUUACAUUUAUUCGAAAUGAAUCAGUAGCACGCGGAAAUUUAGCAUUUUUACAUUGUCGCACUCAAAAUUUGAAUGCUAUAAUUCAAUGGCUAAAAAGAGAUUCAGUGAUUGAAAAUACGACUAAAACGCGUUUAUACACUAAUGGUACGUUAAUGAUAAGUGACGUGAAUAUGCAAGAUGCAGGCAUUUAUCGUUGUCGUGUGCAAACACCAGCAGGUCGUGCUGAAGCUAUCAUGCAUUUGCAUGUCUUGGAAGCUCCAAAAGUUCACGUCACACCACACCAGUUAUAUUUCGUGCGUGGGCAAUCAUUUAAUAUCUCAUGUACUGUUAAUGGUGAUAUGCUUCCGGAACCAAAAUGGUACUUUAAAGGUCGCCGAAUCAUUCCGGAUCAUCAGAAAUAUUAUAUCACUUACAAAUAUGAUUUGAUUGUGCAACGAGCAACAGAGGCUGAUAUUGGAGUAUAUGAAUGUCAUGCAAGUAAUGCUGCUGGUUCUCAUGCAGAUAGUACGAUGGUAAAAAUGUCAACUCCUCCAAAGAUUCGUGUUAUUCGCGAUCGACAAAUGGUUGGCAGAGGUGAUCAUGUCACGUUGGAAUGUAAGAUAGAACAUGGGAAUCCAAAACCAAAAAUUUCAUGGUUCCGUGGAGGACGUGAAAUUCAAAGUCACAGAUAUAUUACAAUCGAUCAAAACAAACUUAUGAUUGAGGGAGUGCAAGAUUCUGAUGCCGGUUCGUAUACGUGUAUUGCACAGAAUUUGGCUGGACGUGACUCAGGAAUAAUCAAUCUUGAUGUUGGAAGUAUGCCAACAAUUGUGCCAACUCCGGAAAUAGUUCGAGUGAAUAUUGAACGAUCCGUAACACUUCAAUGCCGUGCAAUAGGAUAUCCUCUACCAAAAAUUACUUGGCAUCGUAAUGGAAUACCAAUUGAAAAAUUACCUGCUCGUAUCAAAAUCCUUCCAGAUGGAAGCCUUCUAAUUAACAAUGUUCAAGUAGAUGAUCAGGAUCGUUAUACUUGUACUGCGGAGAAUACAUUCGGUCGUCAAGUCAAAGCAACUGUAUUACUGGUCACUGGACUAGUAAGCCCAGUAUUAGGCCACAUGUCACCAGAAGAGAAACUUAUAGAAGGCGGAGAACUUCGUCUAUCAUGUAUUCCUGUUCUUGGCACACCAAAACCAACUCUCAGAUGGUAUAAGGACGGUAAACCACUGCAAUCCUCUGCUCAUGUUACGGUGAAAUCGGGUGGCAGCAUUCUAUUGUUGCAUAAGGGUCGUCCAGAAGAUGAAGGCCAAUAUACUUGCGUUGCGACUAAUUCAGCGGGCAAUGCCUCUCUCAAUGUUAAUAUCGAAUUAAUCAAAAAACCCUAUAUCAAGAAGAGUGAUGCAUCGCAAUAUACGACGUCUACGGGAAAAGUAUUGGAAAUCCCGUGUCAUGCUAUUGGAAAACCACCACCGAAAGUAAUUUGGAGUAUUGAUGGUAAGCCGAUUAGUUCGAGCAAUCAAGAGUAUGAGAUUCUGCCUGAUAACACAUUGCGGAUUCGUCAAACAAGCAGUAGCCAUACAGGAAAAUACACUUGUACCGCUUCUAAUGUAGCAGGUGAAGCAAAAAUAGCAACUAAUGUGAUCAUUCUUGGUCCACCUGUUAUUGAACCUGGACAAGUAACUUAUAGCUUGAUUCAGGGCAACCCAAUUACGCUGCCUUGCAAAGUUCGCAGUGAUUCUAUACCAACGAUCAGUUGGUAUUUGAAUGGUAAGGAAUUCAAAAAUGGUCUCAUAGAUAAAAAUGGUUCGUUGACCAUUGAAAAGGUCGAGGAGCAGCAUCGUGGACAAUUUAAAUGUGUCGCAUCAAAUGAUAUUGGAAAGGAUGAAAAAGUUAUCACUUUAACGGUACAUACAGCUCCAAUUAUUGAGGGAUCUGAUCAGUUGAAAGUUUUAAUUACGAAUGUUAAUCAAUCAAUACUAUUGCCAUGUCCUGCUCGAGCUUUUCCAUUACCUUCAAGAAUAUGGAGUUAUGAGAAUGAUCGGAUCUAUGAUGGUUAUAGCCAUGGAUCUGAGAUAAGGUAUACGCAUGAUGGAUCAUUAGAAAUAGUAACACCUCAAAUGAAUCAUGCAGGUCGAUACACCUGUCAUGUAUCCAAUUUAGCUGGUGAUGAUCAGAUAACAUAUCUGUUGAAGAUACAUGAACCACCGAAAAUCAUAUCUGACAUACCGGGUACUAUUGUUAUUGUUCUUGGCCUUAUGCUGGAAAUUCCUUGUCGUGCUAUUGGAACACCUGAACCAACAAUUAGCUGGGAAAAAGAUGGCUUUCAGGUUAUUCCGGAUGAUAUUAUUCAAACCGAUUCAGCAGGCACAAUACUUAUCGAAAAAGCUCAACCGUCACAUCGUGGAAUUUAUCGUUGUCUGGCAACAAAUCCAGCUGGACGAGAUGAAAGGGAUACACUCGUAAUUGUGCAAGAACCACCAACAAUUUCGCCGAAUACAUUGUCUGAUUACACCACUGUGGAAGGUGAUCGCAUAGAAUUGCACUGUUUUGCUAGCGCCAAUCCAUCUCCAACCAUAACAUGGAGCCGAAAAGGAAUUCCAAUAUUAGAUGAUACACCGCGGAUGCAUGUAAAUAAAGAUGGUACUUUGAUUAUUGAUAAUGUGGAAAAUGAUGAUGCUGGUCACUAUAUAUGCAAAGCAUCAAAUGCCGCUGGCGAUGCGGAAAAGGUGGUACGAUUAACUGUUAUAAUUCCGCCUGACAUUCCUGAUCAAGAAACGAUUGCAACGGAAGCAGCUGUUAUUGGACAAUCAUUCAGUCUUUACUGUCCAGUAUUCUCCAUUCCACUACCACAGAUCACAUGGUACUUGGAUGAUCGUUUAAUAUCGAAAAACGAUGCAAACAUUGUUCUCUCGGAUGAUCAAAGACGCUUACACAUUUUGAAAUCUCGAGUAAUAGAUGCUGGAAGUUAUAAAUGUGUGGCACGAAAUCCGGCUGGAGAUUCAGCAAAAACAUUUCAAGUUGAAAUUAUUGUGCCGCCAAAUUUGAAUCAGAGCUUGCAUAAAAUCAAAGUAACAGUACUGAAAAAUGAGCAUAUCGAGUUAGGUUGUCCAAUAUCAGGUAUACCUGAGCCUGAUAUUGCCUGGCUUGUUAAUGGACAGCUUCUUGAGGAAGGUGUCACAAAACGUGGUGUAACAUUGGCAUCAGGAGGAAAGUCGGUAAUAAUAGAAUUUGCGCAAUUAGAACAUGAAGGAAUUUACACGUGCGUUGGAACAAACAAAGGUGGUAGUUUGGACGUCGAUGUUCAUCUCACCGUUUUCGCUCCGCCAAAAGUUGGUAAUGAUGAGUCAUUGGAAGUGAUCGUUGGGAAAGGUGUAAUAUUGAAUUGUGAUGUGGAACAGGAAGGAUUAAAAUCGACCAUUUCAUGGCUUAUGAAUGAUUUCGAAACGUUACCACCGAAUGCGCAAAUUGUUUUGGAUGGACGGCGUAUGUAUCUCAAUGAGGUUACAUCUCUCAAUGAAGGCAUAUAUCAGUGUCGAGUGAGGAAUAGCGCUGGUCAAAGCACUAAAAACUUCGUAUUAAGCGUUUUAGAGCCACCAAGUUUUCGUGACAAAAAAUACGAAACAAACAUUCAAAUAACACCGGGUACGGCAAUAUCGCUAACUUGUUAUGUAGAUGGUCAUCCACCACCAAAUGUCCAGUGGCUUCGCGAUGGUGAAAAUCUAAUCGAAAGUCAUGCUUCAAUAAGUGAUCGAAAUCAGAAAUUAGUUGUACAACACAACGAUUACGCCAAUCAUAGGUAUACAUGUAUUGCAACAAAUAAGGCUGGAAGCAUAUCACGUGAAUUUCUUGUUCAGGUAAUAGCUCCACCGAUAAUGGUCGAUUCUGAUAAUUAUACACCAACUAUUGAAGUAAUCGAAGGAGAUGCAGUAACAUUGGAAUGUCCACUGCACACACCAUUUAAUAUUAUGGAUAUAGAAUGGUUAAAAAAUGGACGUCCAAUAACGUCGGAUGACCCAAAUAUGCAAAUUUCGUUGGAUAAAACCCGAUUAGUAAUUGUAAGUAUGGAGAAAGAAGCUGAAGAUACAUAUAUUUGUGUGGCACGAAAUUCAGCCGGUCAAGCAACACGAGAAUUUGAUAUUGCAGUCAUUGUUCCUCCACGUAUUAUUGGCAAAGCAGUAGAAUAUAUUUCAAUUGUGGAGGAUGAAUCGCAAGAACUUGAAUGUGACUUCGAAGCAGAUCCCAUUCCGGAUAUACAUUGGUCAAAAGAUGGCGCUGAUAUCGGAAAUGACGUACAGCUAUUAAACGAGAAAAGAACUGCAUUGCUACAAUCGGUGAACUCUAGAAGUGCUGGAAGUUAUCGUUGUGGAAUUAUCAAUAAAGCUGGUCGUGCUGAGAAGACAUUCAAUGUGCGCAUUAUUAUGAAACCUGAAUUGGAAAAUGCUAAUGUAACAGCAAUGAUCGAAACACUUACACAUCGACCAGUAAGCUUUGAAUGUCCAUUAGCAGUCACUUCGGAUGCCAAUAUUUCGUGGACGAAAAAUUCGAUCCCUCUAGUUCCUGGUUACAGUGAUGAUGUACAGAUUUUAAAUGGUGGACGACAGUUUGUUAUUUCGAACGUUAAACUGGAUGAUCAAGCAACAUAUAGUUGUGUGGCACGUAAUAAAGCUGGUGAAGCAAGCAAAAAUUACAAAUUAUCUGUGUUUGUAUCACCAACAAUUAUUAGCAAAGGUGGAGUACAUAAAGUGAUUGAGAAUAAUUCAUUGAUUUUACCAUGUGAAGUUGAAGGUGAACCAUAUCCAACCAUCACUUGGAUGAAGGAUGGUAAACCAGCGUUAGAAUUUACUUCUGUACAGGCGCUUUCAGAAGGCCAACAGCUUAAAAUUGCACGAGCUGGUGUGGAACAUCGUGGAUCAUAUGUAUGCUUAGCGCAGAAUAAAGUUGGCCAAGCGGAAAUUGGUUUCGAUGUUGAUGUUAUAACUCGUCCAACAAUAGCUGAAGAAGUGAAGAAAAUAGCUGAAGUGAUACAGAAUGAUUCAGUCGUAAUUCAUUGUCCAAUAAUUGACAAAAGAUUUUCUGGAGAGGUCACUUGGUUAAAAGAUUAUCAACCGCUGAAAAUUGAUGGUCAAAAGUAUGCUAUGUCUCAGUUAAGUCGUAAACUUCAUGUUAACCGAGCUGACCUACGUGAUGAGGGAAGCUACAGUUGUCGAGUGAGGAAUGAUGCUGGUGAAUCGAGAGUUGAUUACAAAUUAAAUGUUCUACUUCCACCAGAAAUACUAAUCCUAGAUAAGGACAAGAAUAGAACAGCAAUCGAGAAUAGUGCAGUUACAUUAAGUUGUCCGGUAACUGGUAAACCGGAACCGAUAGUGGAAUGGUUUAAGGAUGGUGAGCUUCUGACGCCGCUCAACAUUACAGAAAGAAUUGAUACAGGACAUCUGAAAGGCAAUGAUCUGAAAAUUGCAAGCGUAAAAGUAGUAAAUUCAGGUCGCUAUACAUGUGAAGCAAAAAAUAAGGCUGGCAUGGUGGAACAAGACAUUCUGUUAUAUGUUAUGACACCACCAAAAAUAGAACAUGAAGAAGUACCAGUAGAAAUUGGCGGUAAAUCACAAAGUGCACUAACAAUUAAUUGCCCGGCAUAUGGUCGACCAAUGCCUGCAGUAACAUGGCUAAAAUCUGGCAGGCCAUUUUAUCAUGAUUCUGAUGUUUACUUAUCUGCUAAUGGAAUGAAAUUACAUUUCUUAAAUUUGAAGAAGAAUGAUGCCGAUCGUUAUACGUGUAUCGCACGAAAUCCAGCUGGCGAGGAAAAACGUGAUUUCACUGUGAAAUUAUUAGAAGCCCCAACAAUUGAAGGACCGAAUAUUUUGCAUCGGAUGCAAGUGAAUUCAGGUCGAACAGCUGUUAUUAAUUGUCCAGCAUUUGGUAGCCCUGAACCAUCCAUUGCUUGGCUGAAAAAUGGACAACCAUUGGGAACCGAUAAUCGUCAUACUAUUUUAAGUGGUGGACGACAACUUGAAAUAAAUGACACUUCUCCAAGUGAUGAUGCAAGAUAUACAUGUAUAGCGACGAAUAAUAUUGGUUUAGCCGAUUUGGAAACCUAUCUUCAAGUUAUCGAUGGUCCAGUAAUAGUUGGUGAUAAGCAAGAAGUAAUUGAGGUGCUUAUCAAUGAAGCAAAAGAUUUGUUUUGUGAUAUUUCGGGCACUGAACCAAUUGAUAUCGAAUGGUUGCGUGAUGGAAAAGCUAUCGAGUUUAUAAACGAGCCACGGUCAACAACAAGUUAUCUUCAGAUUUCUUCUCGUGGUCGAAUUUUGCAUAUUUUAUCAGCGCAAAUCUCCGAUACUGCUCGAUAUGUUUGUGUUGCAAGGAAUACUGCUGGUGAAGCUAGGAAAAUAUUCGAUUUACGCGUAUUGAUCCCACCAGCAAUUAGCGAAACUUCUUCCUCCCCACCGUUGCAAACAAUAAUUCCUGGAACUAGCUUUGCUGUGGAAUGUAUAGUUCAAGCUGUCCCGGAUGCACAGAUCAUAUGGACCAGAAAUAAUCGUUUGAUUAAAUCGGACAACAAUUCAAUCUUUCUCAAUAAUAAUCAAACAAUCUGGAUAAAUGUGGCACGUAAAGGUUUGGAUGGACGUUAUACGUGUACGGCAACAAAUAAAGUUGGUCAAGCAAGUCGGGACUUUAUUAUCAAACUUACCGCUCCACCAAUUAUUGAUCGUAGUGGUAUCCAAGAAAUUGAAGUAGUGGCAGGUGAAUUUGUUAUUCUAACUUGUAAAAUACUUAAUGAUGGUGGAAAAUUGUCAACAAAAUGGAUUAUUGAUGGACAGGAAGUGGAUGAUCGACGAAUUGAAAUUCGAAAUGCACGUUUAAGUGAUUCGGGUAGCUAUGUUUGUGUGGUGGAAAAUGAAGCAGGAGAGGCAAGAAAAACAUAUGAGCUUACUGUACUCGAACUACCUCGUUUUUUGGAUAUGACCAAUUUGAAUCCAUCAAUCAUUGUUGGUAGGCCAUUAUUGUUGGAUUGUUCGGUAACCGGUACACCGAGACCAGUCGUUAUUUGGACAAAGCAAAAAAAGUUCAUAAAAACGUGA